GCUCUCCCAGACAUUCAAAUAUGGCGGCGCCAGAGAUGGAUGAGGCGCUGGAGCUGCUCGCGAGGGUCCCGCUGCUGGAGGAGCCGCUCGAGGAGCUGCGCGCUUUGCACUUGGCCUUGCUCGCCGUUCCUCUCAAUGCUCUGCGGGAGCGGCGGUCCGAGCUCCCCUUGGCGGGACUCUUCGCUCUGACGGCCCGCGGGGGAAGGUGAGUGGAGAGAGAUCGGGCGGCUCUUGCUUUUUAUUAAGCCGCCUCGGGUCCCUGUCAGGGGGGAAGGGAAGGCGGGGUAUAAAACAAACAAUAAUUGGGGGGAGGGAGGAUGCCCGUCAGGGAGAACGCGUGUUGAGAUUCCUGCCCUGCAGGGGGUUAGGCUAGAUGUCCCUCGGGGGUCCCUUCCAGCUCUACAUGUCUAUGAUUCUGUGGCGCUUAACAGACCCAGCCGCCUGUUUAAAGGUGUGUGUGUAAAGAGGGAGGGGGGAUUCUAUUUCUCUCUCCAUUUUUGUUUAUUAGAUUUUUAAGAACUGCCCUCGUUAACCCAGAAGAUCGCGGGACUGGUUAACAACAUAAAAGUAGAAAACGAGGUCGCCAAAAUACACGGCAGAGCAAGGCACAAACCAAUAACUGCUCCUCCGCUCCGCUCCCACAAACGUCUAAUCCUCAGUGGAGGAGAUCGUGCCCCUUUCCGGGCUGUGUCUUUUUUCAUUGCUCGGUUGCCCCUCGACUCAUGAAACUGGGCCUAAGUUGCUCAUGUUUGUUAAUUUCAGCAAGUUUGUUCUGGAGUAGGGCCAGCUCUGGCGAUAGCCCGCUGUCUCUGAAUUGCAGGGGUGUGGGUGGGAGCGAGGCGGCGACGGGAGAGAGGGGCUGGGGUGGCAAAGCUCAUAGUGUAUGCUUGGGUUUUUCCUGUCAGCAUCACUUGGGGAAGUUCUCUUUCUAUUCGCUUGUUAUGUUUCCUUGGUGGUGAGAGAGGUUGGGGUGGUCUAGGGUGUGGUUGAUCGUCUUUGGCUGGCUGCAGUGGGAUUUGUUUGUGCAUGGGUGAGGGGGUUUGUCGGGUUAAGUUAGCCAUAUUGAAUCAUAUGCUGUCAGUGGGUUAUGAACUCUUUGUAGUGUGGGUGGGCAUUGUUAUCUUGGAAGGUGUUCAGUAGGGCCAGUUCUGGGGUGACUUCUAGUACAUGUUUAGUUAUUUUGCUUAUUUCUGGUAUGACUGCGCACACUACUUUUCUGACUGGGUCCUCGAUUACUUGGUUUGGUGGGAUCUGCUGGUUCAGACACAGCAUAUGUCUGAGAAGGCCCCACAAGGGAUCAUGGGGAGAGGUGCGAGGAAAAAACUGUUGUGACAUUGAUUUCUUGGGCAACUUGGAAGGGCUGUGGUGGGAUCCAGAAAUGGCAACCUGGAGCCCCACUGACCACUUAACUGCUCCAUCAGCUUGGGAGCUUUUUCUGAGAUGCUUGCGGGGUAUGAUAGCAUCUUUUGUCGUCUGAGCAUCUUUAUCAAGAUGCUGACGGAUCUGCCUGCCUUUGAUCAGUUGUGCUUCAAGGAAAGCUCAACAGUCCUCUGAUUCUUUAAUAUUUUCCAGCCCAGAUAGAUGUUAACCAAAGGAUCUCACAAUGGUCAUCUCCUUGCAAGAGCAAGGAAGCAUAGGAGAAUCAGAUGCACCACAAGAGCAUCUUGGAGGGGAUGGCUUUCAUAGAAUCAUGGAGUUGGAAGAGACCACAAGGGCCAUCGAGUCCAACCCCCUGCCAAGCAGGAAACACCAUCAGAGCACUCCUGACAUAUGGUUGUCAAGCCUCUGCUUAAAGACCUCCAAAGAAGGAGACUCCACCACACUCCUUGGCAGCAAAUUCCACUGUCGAACAGCUCUUACUGUCAGGAAGUUCUUCCUAAUGUUUAGUGGAAUCUUCUUUCUUGUAGUUUGGAUCCAUUGCUCCGUGUCCGCUUAUGUGGAGCAGCAGAAAACAACCUUUUCCCCUCCUCUAUGUGACAUCCUUUUAUAUAUUUGAACAUGGCUAUCAUAUCACCCCUUAACCUCCUCUUCUCCAGGCUAAACAUGCCCAGCUCCCUUAGCCGUUCCUCAUAAGGCAUCGUUUCCAGGCCUUUGACCAUUUUGGUUGCCCUCCUCUGGACACGUUCCAGUUUGUCAGUGUCCUUCUUGAACUGUGGUGCCCAGAACUGGACACAGUACUCCAGGUGAGGUCUGACCAGAGCAGAAUACAGUGGCACUAUUACUUCCCUUGAUCUAGAUACUAUACUUCUAUUGAUGCAGCCCAGAAUUGCAUUGGCUUUUUUAGCUGCCGCAUCACACUGUUGGCUCAUGUCAAGUUUGUGGUCAACCAAGACUCCUAGAUCCUUUUCACAUGUACUGCUCUCAAGCCAGGUGUCACCCAUCUUGUAUUUGUGCCUCUCAUUUUUUUUUGCCCAAGUGCAAUACUUUACAUUUCUCCCUGUUAAAAUUCAUCUUGUUUGUUUUGGCCCAGUUCUCUAAUCUGUCAAGGUCGUUUUGAAGUGUGAUCCUGUCCUCUGGGGUGUUAGCCACCCCUCCCAGUUUGGUGUCAUCUGCAAAUUUGAUCAGGAUGCCCUUGAGUCCAUCAUCCAAGUCGUUGAUAAAGAUGUUGAAUAAGACCGGGCCCAAGACAGAACCCUGUGGCACCCCACUAGUCACUCUUCUCCAGGAUGAAGAGGAAAGAGGGCUAGACAAUUGCAUGGAGGAGAGGCCUAUCAAAGGCAACUAGCUGUGAUAGCUAUGCUCAGCCUCCCCUGUUGGAGGGAGCAAUGCUUCUGAAAAGCACUUCCUGGAAGCCACAGACUCCUCAAACGUGUUUCACAAGAACCCCUUGCUUCCUUUUCUCCAGUACCUGAGGGUUGUCACAUCUCUCCAGGGAUUUGGCCAGAACAAAGUAUAUGUUGGGGAAAGGCUCCCUCCCUGCAAAGAAAAUGGAGCAAUCACCAGAUGCCUGGCUCCCAGCCAUGCUAGCACCAGUCUGGCGCAUGAGGGUGGGAGACAUGAGAAGGAAGCAUUCCUAUCCUAUAGGUCACUCAAUUGGCAUUUCCACCUACCUGAACUCUAAGCCAUGGGUAAGCAAACUAAAGCCCGGGGGCUGGAUCCGGCCCAGUAGCCUUCUAAAUCCGGCCUACGGACGGUCCGGGAAUCAGUGUGUUUUUACAUGAGUAGAAUGUGUCCUUUUAUUUAAAACGCAUCUCUGGGAUAUUUGUGGGGCAUAGGAAUUUGUUCAUCCCCCCCCCCCAAAUAUAGUCCGGCCCCCUUGAGGGACAGUGGACCGGCCCCCUGCUGAAAAAGUUUGCUGAGCCCUGCUCUAAGCCUCUCCCCCCCCCCCCCCCGUUCUGGACUCUCUCUCUCUUAAGGAAGAUGCAAGCUCUUGCUGGAAGCCACUGGUGGGGAGAGUGUUCUUAUGAUUCCCAAAUGUUUCAGAAGCAUCUUUUUGUUCCUUUAGCUGCUUGAUACAGCCAUAGAGUUGGAAGGGAUCCCAGGGGUCAUCUAGUCCACCCCCGGCAAUGCAAGGAUCCUGCUCACAGCCAGCCCUGGAUGGGCUCCAAACUCCAGCCUUCUGGUUACCAUUGCAAUUCUGCAUGGUGUGGAGAAAGGGGAGAGAGAAAUGUUUGCUUACACUCUCAUAAUGCUGAUAUGAGAUCCACACAAUGCAGCCCUUUCAAUAACUAAAGUCUAAAGGGCUGUCACAUGGAGGAUGGGCCAAGCUUGUUUUCACCUGAUCCAGAGGCCCUUAUGGCCUGAAACACCUUCCUUGGAGGUGUUUAAGCAAUGCUUGGAUGGCCAUCGGCCAUGGAUCAUUAGUUUAGAUCCCUGCAUUUCAGCGGGUUGGACUAGAUGACCCUCGGGAUCCCUUCCAACUCUACAAUUCUAUGAUGCUAUGUUUUAAAGAGCAUCCAAUGCGCCUUUAAUGCACAUGACUUCCCCGGAAAUGAUUUGUGCCAUUGUGGUUUCCCUCUCACAGACCUACAAUCCCCAGAACCCCUAACAAACUACAAUUCCCAGGAUCAUUUGGGGGAAGACAUCUGGUUAUUAGAACAGGGGUGAAGAACCUGCAGUUUUGUUGUUGUCAUUUAGUCGUGUCCGACUCUUCGUGACCCCAUGGACCAGAGCAUGCCAGGCACUCCUGUCUUCCACUGCCUCCCGCAGUUUGGUCAAACUCAUGUUCGUAGCUUUGAUAACACUGUCCAACCAUCUCGUCCUCUGUCGUCCCCUUCUCCUUGCACCCUCCAUCUUUCCCAUUAUCAGGGUCUUUUCCAGGGAGUCUUCUCUUCUCAUGAGGUGGCCAAAGUAUUGGAGCCUCAGCUUCACGAUCUGUCCUUCCAGGGAGUCCUGCAGUUUGCUUACCCCCAUUUCCUAGGAACCAGGAAUGGGAAGCUCAAGUUCUUCUAACAGUGUGGUUACAGGGAGCAGUGUGUAUAAAAUAUUGAAUGUAAUAGGGUUAUUAAGGUAAUUGUAUCAGAAUUACAGUUUUAUGGGAAUGUUAAGGAGGGAGGGGGAAAGAGAGAGUGUGGAAUUCUGGUGGUGAGUGAUGGAUGAGGAUUUGAAAGGGAGUUUGAAUGCGAGGCAGUUGAGAGGCAGUUGAGAGCAGUGGGUUCUGGAGGGGAUGGUUGAGCAACUAACUAUUCAGUUUAGGAUCAGGAGUCUAGUCGUCAUUUUUGUAAUAAAGCAACAUAUAAGAUAAACAGAAUUUGAGGCCAUAAGCUCAGGUACACACACCAUCCUACAAUCAUUUAGUGAAUCAUCCAUACGGUCUCCUUUAGUGAGGGUGCAGUACCUAGGAUCUGGACCAAACAUUGAUAUUUUUUGCUCUUUCCUAUUUUCAUAGGUUUAUGUUCUGGUUCUAAUGAUGUAAUAGGGGUGGGGGCUCUUUAAAUACUGGGGGCUGCCGCACACUCUUUUUCUUUAAAAUAAUUCCCCCUCUUUUCAAAAGCACACGCAUUGUCUCUUUCUUCAGGUUCUUCAGUUACAUUUGUUGUGAGACGUUGGUGUUAUAUGCAAUAUAUGGUUGGGAAGAAAAGAGUGGGGCAGUGCCGGAUUUAUGUAUAGGCUAAGUAGGCUGAAGCCUAGGGCCUCUAAAUCUAGGGGGCCUCCCCAGCCGGACCACCCCUCAGCGGGCAAUCUCCCCUCUCCCAAAAUUAUGUGAGGCCAGGGCAACUUGGGCCCAGCAAUUAUGAGACUCAGGGCAACCAGUGGGGUCCAAUUUGAAACUCUAGUGCCCAAAUUGAAAAAUUUCUGUGGGGCCCUAGUUCACAGCCAAAAUCUGCAGAAUCUUAGAGAUAUAAAUCCGUGUGCUAGGUCACUUUCACAAUGUCAGCAAAGCCCUACAGAAAUCAGACCUGUUAUUGAGUUAUUGUACAAGCUUGUACAGUUCAUGUCUGGAUUUUUAAAGGAAAAUUAAUAAUAAUAAUAAUAAUAAUUAAUAAUUUUUAUUUAUACCCCGCCCUCCCCAGCCAAGGCCGGGCUCAGAGCGGCUUACAAGCAAUAAUAAAAACAAGUUGAAUGAUUACAACUUUAAAACAAAAUUAAAAUACAACAUUAAAAUAUUGAAACAUUAAAAUAUUAAAAUGUAGCCUCAUCGCAGGAGGAGAAGGAAAAGAAAAAAGAAAGAGAGGGAGGGAGGGAAUCAAAUUGACUCCAAGCCAAAGGCCAGGCGGAACAACUCUGUCUUACAGGCCCUGCGGAAAGAAAUCAGAUCCUGCAGGGCCCUGGUCUCAUGAGGCAGAGCGUUCCACCAGGCCGGAGCCAGUGUUGAAAAGGCCCUGGCUCUGGUUGAAGCCAAUCUAACUUCCUUAGGGCCCGGGACCACUAGGGUGUUGCUAUUUAUGGACCUUGAGGCUCUCCGUGGGGCAUACCAGGAGAGGCGGUCCCGUAGGUACGAGGGUCCUAGGCUGUGAAGGGCUUUAAAGGUCAAAAGCAGCACCUUAAAUCUGACCCUGUACUCCACUGGGAGCCAGUGCAACUUGAAAAGCACUGGGUGAAUAUGCUCCCAUGGCAGAGACCCCGUGAGGAGCCUCGCUGCAGCAUUCUGUACCCGCUGGAGUUUCUGGGACAGCUUCAAGUGCAGCCCCGCGUAGAGCGAAUUACAGUAGUCAAGCCUGGAGAUGACCGUUGCAUGGAUCACUGUGGCCAGGUCGGGGCGGGAAAGGUAAGGGACCAACUGCUUGAUGCGGCGAAGGUGGAAAAAUGUCGCCUUGGCUAUUGCUGUAACUUGCGCCUCCAUGGAAAGGGAGGUGUCAAGGAUUACACCCAAACUCUUAACGGAAGGCAAUGGCACUAAUUGGGCCCCCACAAGAGAAGGGAGUUGGUCCCUCAUCCCCAUGCCAUCCCGACCUAGCCAUAGGACCUCUGUCUUUGAAGGAUUUAGUUUUAAUCGGCUCCCACGAAACCAUCCAGCCACAGCUUCCAAGCAUCUGGUCAGUGUGUUCAGGGCCGAGUCGGUGUGGCCAUCCAUCAGCAGAUAGAGCUGAGUGUCAUCAGCAUAUUGGUGACAGCCCAGCCCAAAGCUCCGGAUAAUCUGGGCAAGGGGGCACAUAAAGAUGUUAAAAAGCAUCGGGGAGAGAAUUGCACCCUGCGGCACUCCACACACCAAGGAGUGGCGCGACAACAUUUCCCUCCCUAGUGCCACCCUCUGUCCCCGACCAGAGAUAAAAGAGCACAACCAGUUACGGGCUAUGCCCUGUAUCCCCACAUCUGCGAGGCGGUGGUCCAGAAGAUCAUGAUCAACCAUGUCAAAGGCUGCUGACAAAUCUAAAAGGAUCAGCAGUCUUGACCCGCCUCGAUCCAGUUGUCUACGGAGAUCAUCUGUUAGGGCAACCAGAGCCGUUUCGGUCCCAAAACCAGGACGGAAACCGGACUGAAAUGGAUCUAAAGCCGAUGUUUCCUCCAGAAACCUACCAAGCUGUUCAGCAACCGCUCUCUCAAUUACCUUACCCAGGUAUGGAAGAUUUGAAACUGGGCGGUAAUUGGAUAGGUCUAAGGGAUCUAAUGAAGUUUUCUUUCAGAGUGAACACACCACUGCUUCCUUCAGUUCCCCUGGGAAUGUCCCCGUGUCAAGGGACAAAUUGAUAAUUUCAACCAGGGGGGUCCGCGCAACAUCUGGACACUCCCUAAUCAGCCAAGACGGGCAUGGAUCAAGGAGGCAGGUGGUGGGCCUACCAACUUGGAGGAAUCUAUCCACAUCAGUAGGGAGUAUCCGACCGAAAUGGUCCAACACUGGACCUGAAGUUAGUCGAGGGGCCUCCAGUUCAGUCACUGUAUCUAAAUUGGCAGGGAGGUCAUGGCGGAGCAACAGGACUUUCUCCGCAAAAAAGCUCGCGAAUGCCUCACAGCUGUGGGUCGAAUUUGUGCUUAAAUUUGGUUGUCCUCCUAAGGACGUUAUUGAUCUAAUUAUUCUAAAAAGUUGUGCCGGGCGAGAGCUAGCGGAUGCAAUGGAAGCUGCAAAGUAAGAUUUCUUAGCAGCUUUCAUAGCCAUCUCAUAGGCUUUCAUAAGCGUCCUAUAAGAUGUUCUUGAGGCUCCGUCACGAGUCCGUCGCCAUACUCGCUCUAGCUGUCUGAGAUCCCGCUUCAUUUUCGGGAGCUCCUCAGUAAACCAAGGCGCCUGGUUUCGACGGAGUCGCAGAGGGCGCUUAGGCGCGAUCUCAUCAAUGGCUGCCAAGAGCCGGUUAUUCCAGUCCUCAACAAGGUCAUCUAAUGAGUCGCCAGGAGGAGCAGGGUUCUGCAAGGCUUGUCGGAAUCUAUCAGGAUCCAUCAGUUUUCGUGGACGAGCCCAAAUAGGUUCGCCACCCGAGCAGGGGAGGAGCAGGAAGUCAAUCUUGGCUUUCAGAGCGUAGUGAUCAGACCAUGGCACUUCCACAGGGGGGAGCAUGAUCACAUCUAUGCCAGCCCCAAAGAUCAGAUCCAGCGUGUGGCCUGCUUGAUGAGUGGGGCUCAAAACAAACUGGGAGAGCCCUAGUGUUGCCAUGGAAGUCACUAGGUCCAGAGCCUGUGAGGAGGCGGUGGCAUCGGCAUGGACGUUGAAGUCUCCCAAAACCAGUAGGCUUGGGAACUCCAAGGCCCAGCCUGCCACCACCUCCAGCAGGUCUGACAGGGUGGCUGCCGGUGUGCUGGAUGGUCGGUACACCAGCCAGACAGCCAAGCUCUCCUUGGUGCCCCACACGAGACCAACACAUUCAAUGCCGGAGAUCACUGGUGCUGGCAGAGCUCUGAAAGAGCAAUCCUCUGGGAUUAACAACGCUCCCCCCCCCCCUGACCCACAGUCCGCGAUUGAUGGAGGACAGAGAAGCCUGGGGGUGUUAUCUCAUGUAGGGAGACUACUUCGCCUUCCCGUGCCCAGGUCUCCGUCACGCAAGCCAGGUCAAUCCCCUGCGAGACAAAAAAGUCACGCAUGGUGGCGGUUUUGUUGCCUAUGGACCUGGCAUUGCACAGCACCAAUGACGGAGGUGGGUAAUUAGAGAAGAUUUUGAUAAGCUUGAGAAAUGAGCAAAAGCCACCUUGCCAAAUGUUAACUACAAAACAAGGAGACAAAGAGUGAGGGAACGGCAAAGAAAUGACAGAAGUGCACCUGAUGCCUUAGAUGCACUUUCUUCACGAGAUAAGUUUAGGAUAAAUCCUUUAUUCCUAUAUUAGAUGCACUUGAAGCCAAUUUAAAAAGAAGUACUGUGUACCAUCAUCCUUGGCUUCACUCAAUUUUGUUUAUAACACUUCCAUUUUCUUCUAGUUGUGAGGGUGGGGGUUUGGGAGAGGCCUCACAAGUGGAGCAGGCUAGGGUCUCUCUUCCUCUAAAUCCGGCCCUGGGGCGAGGUUAACAUUUACCACAUCUUGGGAUGUGGCUUGUUGUUGUUAUUAUUAUUUUUAAAAGUUUAUAUUUUAAUUUUAAAACACUUUGUAGCUCCAAACAUUUUUAAUCCACCAAGGUAACUUUUGGGACAUUUUUUUUGUUAGAAGUUUUUUAGAAGGUGACAUGAAUUUUAAUUUGUUUUAGUUUAUUUUAUUGCUGUUCUAACAUUCGGUAUGUUUUAGAUAAUUGUUUGUAUAUUUUCUAGUGGUGAUUAUAUUGUUUUACCUUCCUUUGUAAACCACUUAGAGGCUUUCCCCCCUUACAAUCAAAUGGUAUGUACAUUUCAUGAAUAAAUAAGAGUAAAAUAGUGAUACAAGAUAUAGUCAUACCUUGGAUUACAGACGCUUCAGGUUGCGUUUUUUCAGACCCGUCGAAACCCGGAAGUACCAAAACGGGUUACUUCCGGGUUUUGGGGGUUGUACAUGCGCAGAAGCGCUAAAUCGCGCUUGCGCAGAAGCGUCAAAUCACAACCCGCACAUGCGCACAAGCGCCGCUGUGGGUUGUGAACACUGCGGGUUGUAAACAUGCAUCCUGCAUGGAUCACGUUCGCAACCCGAGCAUCCACUGUAAUAAAUGUAAGCAAAUGACUAGCCACUCUGAAACUUCACAUUAUUAUAAACAAGAAUAUCACAGAUUUUAAUUGGUGUUUUUAAAAAGAGCAAAUUUUGGUGCUGAAUUAAUAAGCCUGGAUAGCGUGUUAAUGUACAGUGGUACCUCGUGUUAUGGACGGGAUCCAUUCCGGAGGCCUGUCUGUAAUGUGAAAUGCCCGUAACUCGAAGUGCUGUGUCUGUGCAGGCGUGUAGCACGAUUUGGGGCUUCUGCGUAUGUGUGAAGCGCAAUUCAGCACUUCUGCGCAGGUGUGAGCGGUGAAACCCAGAAGUAACCCAUUCCAGUACUUCCAGGUUGCCAGGGGACGUAACGCGAAAAGACGCAACAUGAAGCAGACGCAACACGAGGUAUGACUGUACUCUGGAUACCAUUACAGAAAGGGGUCUUGUUUCUUGUUCUUUCUUACCUUUUCUUUUGAAUCAGUAAUCCCUUGAGUGGAUUUUGGUAAAGAAGCAGAUACCCACGUAUUAAACUACUUGGGGUUGUAAUGGUUAUUUUUUUUAAAAAAAAAGCCUUUCAACUAACUUAUUUUUCCCCUUCAAAACAGUGAGCAGAUCUCUUUAUGUGUUUCCAUCCUGGAGCGGUUACUGCAGAUCAUGGAUCCCUUGUAUGUAAUCCAAAACUUUGGUGAAGAACUUCAGAAAGGGCUCUUCCAUCCAGAUAAUUCAGUCAAAAUUCUAACAAUUGCUCAGGUAUGCUUGAUUACUUGUCUGUUAAAAUGACAUUUUUGGAGAUCUUUAUCAAGAAGGAGGAGAUUUCUUAUUUAUAAUGUACAUAUACAUUAGGGCUCUGCACAGGAUUUGGCGAGUCCUAAGCCAAAUCAGGCAAAUUUGGAAGGCUCUGGAUAGGUUGGGACACAUCCAUGGAUUGCUGAGUUGGGUUUAAUGACCCUGAGCAACCUGUGACUUUCAGAGGACAUCAGCCAAGAGGAAGAACCAGGCUAGGAGCGCAAAUCUUAAUGACUCCUUAAAAUUUGUAUGGCUGGUGUUUGGAUCAUGAAUGAAAUAGAUUUAUAUUUGCUAAGCUUGCAUAGGAAUAAAGUAGUUCUCAGGAUAAACCAUUCUGUGGAUGUUGUUUUUAGAUGAUCCACACACUUGUUGCAGAAGCUAUCAUUGGGUGAUACAGAUUUUUUAAAGUGCUCCACGUAGUUUUUUUUUUGGGGGGGCAGCUUUAAUUUUUUUCAAUCCAAUCAUUGGAUUAGCAAAAGCAGUUUGGGGCAUUGGCAUUGUGAGCCCUGCUCCUAGGCCUCUUCACAUCGAGGGAGUGGAUAAAACUUUCCUCUGUCUGCAUAUCACUCUCCUUAAAAAACCCCCAACAACAACAAAGUGUGAGGAGCAAAUGUAUAACCCUUCCCUUCAGUUUAUUUUUAUUCACUAGUUCCUUAAAAUGAUACAGCUCUUUUUUUUUUAAUGAUUUUUAUUAAGAUUUCAGUAAAAGAUUAAACAGAAAAACAUAGAAGUACACAAAUACACAGUACAUAAUCCAGAGAAGAAUAAAAAACAUAGAAAACAAUAAAUAAAUAAAUAAAUAAAUAAAAACCAGAACAAUUAAAAACAAUAUCACCUUUUCAUUUCCGUUUUUAAAUUUACUUAUUUUCUGAACCUCCUCAUACCUCCCUCUUUUGUAUUCCAGUCCAAAUUGUUUGUCCAGCAAUUUCUUUUCCACUUUUUUAAUCCCAAUCUUUAAUCUUUAAAAUGAUAUAGCUCUUCAACAUUUUCUUUGUUUAAAAAGGCUGGUAGUGGGGAGUGGGAAUGGAAUGAACCUUUAUUUAACUAUUUAAACUUGUGCACUGAGUAGUUGUUGGAAACUGCCUAAUGCCUUUAAACACCAUGUUGAAUCUGUAGGUUGGAAAGAUAGUUGAAGAUUCCAGUGCUGCUAGAGAAAUCCUCAACACUCCUGAGUUGCUGAGGCAGGUCAUUUAUUGCAUUGCUGAUGAGAAACUAGCAGUGGCAAAAGAGGUAAGAGCUUUAAACUGGAGCCAGUUUAACAGCAGCUGGCUACAGAGCCUUCAGCAUAAUCAUCAAGUGGGUGAGGUUCCUCUGAUGUCAGCGCAAAACUGAGCCUUCAGCAUUAUUGGCCCAGCCAUGGGUGGGCAGUGCUCUUACAUUAGAGCUUUGCCAGCUGUUUCUGUAGGAAUAUUUAAAUGCAUGCUGAAGGCUUUUUGCGCUGUCAGACUUACGCAGAUAAUUAAGGGGGAAUGUAAUAAUUAGCUGGUGAUCUGUGGUUUUAAUUUUGUGUGUUUUUUGUAAAACUGGUCUAACUUUGUGUCUAAUUCUGCUGUCUAUUUUUCUCCGGUUCACAUAGCUAUUCCCCUUUGUUUUCUAGGCCAUCAUGUCGCUGACAAAGGUAGCAAAAACUGCAGAGAGCUUGGAGGCACUGCUUGCGGGCAACUUGCUAGUUGACUUGAAAAAUGUCAUGACCAGGAGUGACAUUGUUCGUUGCCGUGUGUAUGAGGUAAGCAUCCCUUUCCCCAUAGUGUUCUAGCUUCCCCUUUAAUUCUAAUUCAUUGGGUGGGGAACCUCUGGCAGUUUUUGCCAGCCAUGCCAACUUGUCACUUGCCUGACAGCAUGUGACAUCAGAUGUGGAAUAUUCACAGCUGCCAAGAAAAGAUUGGGAAUGCAAUUAGCUCAGUGUUUCUCAAACUUGGGUCUCCAGAUGUUGUUGGACUACAGCUCCCAUAAUCCCUGACCACUGGUCCUGCUAGCUAGGGAUGGUUGAAGUAGUAGACAAACAACAGUGGGGAUCCAAGUUUGAGAAACACUGAAUUAGCCGCUUAGGAGAUUCCCAAGGGCAAGAUAGAUAGGCAUUUAGCCCUUGCCCUUGACCUAAGAUUCCCUGCCCCUCAAAUAUAGAAGAAGUGCAAAUUGGACUAAUAGCAUUAAAGUUCACAAGUUUCUGUGUAGUAUUGCUUAGAAUCACCUGGGUGAGUCUCUGGACCGAUCUGGUUUUACAUUAACACAUGGCUAAACUGGGUACAGUCUUCCUCAAUUUCCCUGGAGGUUUAAGUGAGUUAGUUAUCUUACCUACAGUUAUUUUUUAUUAUCAUAACACUGGCAGCUCUCCCAUCCUAUUCAUUCCCAUGGGAACAUGAUUGUCUUAAAGCUUAUAUUGGGUUCAUGUUGUCUUGCCUCCAUUCCUAAUUGCAUCUUCCUUCCUCAAAUGGGAGACACUCAUUGUCAAUAGCUUGUGCCCUGAUACAUGUUGCUAAUAGUCCCAUUGGCAGUUGCUCUAAAUAAUGUGAUCUGAGCAGGUCAUGAUGCUCUUUUACUGCCUAUAGGGUAUGGUUGUACCCUGAACAGUUUGAUCCUCAACUGGAGUUAUGAGCAUUGACUUGGUCCAUGGUACCAGGCAUGUACUAGGCAUGUACAAGACAGUAAGGUAAAGGUACCCCUGCCCAUACGGGCCAGUCUUGACAGACUCUAGGGUUGUGCGCUCAUCUCACUCUAGAGGCCGGGAGCCAGCGCUGUCCGCAGACACUUCCGGGUCAUGUGGCCAGUGUGACGACGCUGCUCCGGCGAACUGGCACCAGAGCAGCACACAGAAACGCCGUUUACCUUCCCGCUGUAAAGCGGUACCUAUUUAUCUACUUGCACUUAAGGGUGCUUUCGAACUGCUAGGUGGGCAGGAGCUGGGACCGAACGAUGGGAGCUCGCCCCGCCGCGGGGAUUAGAACUGCCGACCAUGCAAUCGGCAAGUCCUAGGCGCUGAGGUUUUACCCACAGCGCCACCCGCGUCCUGUACAAGACAGUAGUCUGCCUCAAAAUGCCUGCAUCCCGCCUUUCUGCCUCACAAUGUGGCACAAAAGGUGACUCUCAGAAGAUCCUGCAGUAAAAUAUAAGCAAAAGAUAUGGAUGGAUGAAUCCAGUCUCUGUUCUGUUCUGUUCUGUUCUGUUCUGUUCUGUUCUGUUCUAUGCACUCUGUUCUGUGUCACUUUUCUAUGCAGUCAAUCUUAAGUCCGUUCCUUCCUAUCUCUGCACUAAUAUGUGACCUUUAUUAUGGAAAAUCCACAUGAAAAUCCUACAAGGUAUUCUGAAAGCUGCUAUUAAGAUCCCACCCCCCUCGGUCCUUUUAGUGUGCUGGUGCAGCCACCACCACCUGAAGGGGAUCACACUGAGAUUACAUGCCCCCUCUUUAUGAAUAUGAUUGUGUGUGUAAAUGUUGCUGUAUCCACUUGUGCUGUAUUGUUUUUAAAUGCAGUGUUCUGUAAAAUAAACCACAAUAGGCCAAUGCUUGUUAUUGUUAAUCCUUUAAUGUGAAGUUAUGAUGCUAUGAAAUAAAACACAUUUAUAUAGGUAAAUAAACAAUGGGGCUACAGAUGCCCCUUGGAGCAAUUGGACGCUAUGGGGAACAUUGUUCCAGGGUGUGGAGGUGGCAGUGGCCUCCUCAUAGGCCCAUGAUAUAUUGGUCAUGAUAUAUGAUGUUGAUUCCUUUUAAGUCCUGUUGCAGCCACCACAAGGCUUGUAGCUAUGACUUGAACGUUGCUACAGCCUCAUUCAGUGAGUGAAGUUAUAAGUGGAGCAAGCACAAUUUCAUGCAUGAAUGUCAUAUAGUGUGUAUUUGUUGUAGGUGUUCUGUUUUUUUAAAAAGAAAUAAAUCUCAGUGUCCUUUUCUCCUGUGCUUCUGUCUUAGUUGGUUAUCAAUAUCUCCUUGGUGUCGGCAGAUUCAUUGAAUUACUGUGUGAACAGCGGAUUAAUAUCAGACCUGAUCGGGGAGCUGACGGGGAAUGAUGUGCUUCUCAGGUGUGUGGCAGAAGCAGUCAUGGGCACUCAUUAGAUUGUUUCAUAUUAUUUAUGGAUUUGGGAGUAGUUCUGCUUCUAUUGAGUUAGUAGAAGGUUUUAUUUCUUGGCAUGCCAGAGUUUUGAGAGUUGUGCACAUUUCUGCAUGUACCUAACCCCUGCAUUCUUUGCCUCUUGCUUGUCUCUGCCCUGAUUCAUACAUUCAUACUUUGGAUACAAAAGCUGAGGCUGCUGAAGUGGCUGGAAGCUGUGAAUCCUGGAAGACCUGCUAUCUGUCUUGCAGGCCUUUUUUCCACUUGGUCUGGGAGGGUGGGGCCCUGACUGACUGACUCCAGCUACAAAAGCUGAUACUGCUGAACAGACUCUAGAGCGGGGGUAUUGUUGCUGUUACUGAUACUAAAUUUUGUAUCUUUACUUUAGAUAGUUUGAUUUCACUGUGUACACUUUAAUAUUUAUUGUUUAAGGCUAUUUUUUUGUAAUAUUUUUUAUUCUUGUAAGCCGCUUUGAGCAUGGUUUCAACUUAGGAAAUGUGGCAUACAAAUAAAAUGAUUGAUUGAUCCAGUGCUUACGUGCUAGAGGAGCAAGAAAGUAGCCCUCCCUUCUUACCACGCAGCUCAAAAUAUCUCAGCACAAUAGUGCCUAAUCAUGCAGGGGCUUUCUUUGCACAGUUUUUCUUCCUCUCGCCAUACAAUCAGAAACUCAGGGUGGCUAAGAACCAAUUGAUAAACUAUCACAAAAAACCCAUCAUUAAAACCACAAAGUCAUAACAGUGAUUCAGCAGUGAAUAAUACCAGUAAAACUGCUCAUAAAACUAGUUUUACCUCAUUAUUACAAAUGCAUGGCUAGUAUAAAAAUACACAGUGCCUCCCUUCCACCUCCUACUUCUCAGACAUGUCCUGUCUCAAACAGCAGAGGCUUCAGAGAUGAGAUGGCACAGUCCACUCAAUUUGUUAGACUGAGAGCAGCUGCACUUGGGCUUCUUGCCUUGAGCUGUCAGCUUAGUAGCUAUUUUACCAGGUUGCUAUUUAACUGGGAGGCUUUAUAUCUGAAUAUGCUUAUAAUUUUGUCUUCUUCUUUCCUUUUAUACUCUGUCCUGGUUUGUAAGCCUGAGGGCAGGGCCUGUGCCACUUAAAACAAAAACAGAAAACUUUGGCACAGUACCUAGAAAGAGUUACCAGUUAAUUAAGUAGUAUUCUCCUCCAGGAAUUACUCAAUGAUGGACUGUUUUGAGGAUGAAAGGAAUCAUAAACAAUACAUCUGCAUGUUCUGUCUAUGUUGCAGAGCUACGUGUAUAGAGAUGGUAACCUCUCUUGCCCAUGUUUACCACGGACGCCAAUAUCUCGCCCAACAAGGAAUCAUUGAUAAGAUUUCCAACAUAAUCAUCGGGGCUGAUUCUGAUCCCUUCUCAAGCUUCUACUUGCCAGGUGAUUUAAAAAGUUUUCCUUCUUGGCAUGAUUUUACUUUGGUAAUUUUUUUAAAAAAAUUCACUAUUUAGUUCAGGGACAAGCAGCCUCUGGCCCAUGAGCCAGAUUCGAUCUCCUAGGCCUCCCUGUUUGGCCUUCCAGGCCGUUUUCCCCAAACUGUGCCUACCUGCCCCCCACCGAACAACAGCAGGUAGAGACAUGGCUAGAGCUGCCCAGAGGAAAGGAGGUUUGAGUUUAACCCUGGUGACUUUGAGAUAAAAUGCAUUGGGAGAAUAGUAGGCCUUGGACCCUGAGUUGCCCACCCCCAAUCCUAGACUUAAGUUUACUCUGACAGGUGACAUUGUACUAAAAACAUAUCUGCUUGGCAUGUAAAACAAAACCUCCCGGCCUUGACCAUCUGGUCCUUUUUGUUUUUGGUAGGCUUUCUCUUCACUACAUACAUUGCUUGUGCACAAUGUCCCAGUCUGUCUUUAUUUUUCUUUCCAGAUGCUAUGUUCCAUGUAUGGUGUGACGAAACUCCCGUUGUUUUAUUUUCUGGUUUUUUCAGGCUUUGUGAAAUUUUUUGGCAACUUGGCUAUUGUUGACAGUCCUCAGCACUUAUGUGAGCGAUACCCCGCAUUUGUGGAGAAAGUAUUCAGCAUGGCAGAAAGCCAAGAUCCAACCAUGUUUGGCGUGGCAGUGGACACACUUGGGAUCUUGGGGUCAACUGUGGAAGGGAAGCUAGUGUUACAGAAGAAGGGUCUGUACAACAUUUGUGUGUAUGUGUAGCUAUAAUCAUAUCAGUCUGAAGAGUUUGUCACAGGAAUGUAGGAAGGCUAUAAAUGUACCCUGCAUAUUUCUAAACUUCAGUUUGAAAGGAGGUUUGAUUGGAAGUGGGAAAAUGAUUCAUCUCAAGUACAAGGGUUGCUAAUGAAUCUAAUAGUCUCUGGAGGGAGGGAUAGGGAAUCUGUCAGCCUCCAUGUGUUGCUGGCAUUGGCCAUGCUGGCUGGGACACAUGGCGGGCAGAACCUUCUUCAGUGCUGCUGUUACCAUGGCAUAAGCAGCUAGGCUAGGGAGGGAGAGUCAAAACAUUGUUUAAAACUUGGUUUUAAGAUCUGGAGCCACUUUAUUGACAAAUUGUGGUUAGAGAUUUUCUGGUUUUAGUUGUGACUCAAGCAACAGAUCCAUGUCCACAGGCAAAAAUGAUUGUUAAUUCAAGAUAUUACUCUCCAAAGCAGGUAUUGUCUAAUACUGGGCUUGAUGGAGAUAUAGUCUGGUCUCUGUAUAAGGCAACUUCCUAUGUAAUGGAAAGCUUAAAAAAAGUUUGUCUUCCCAGGGAGUAGAUUUCAUCAUGUGCUAAACAGAAUAGGACAUCAAGCAAAGAAUGCCCCGACAGAGAUGAGAGUCCGGUGUCUUGAGGCAAUUUCAUCUCUUUUGUAUCUGCAGGUAAGUUUUAUGGAAUUGGAAACAUUCCGUUUCUUGUGAAAAAUGGAGCAUUAAAGGUUUGAAUCAGCCCUUGGAAGAAAGCAAUAACAAUUGGGUAGCUUUCUGCUUCUGUGAUAUCCACUAGUGAUGAGUUAAAGCAACUCACAUUUUUUCUGACUUGUUUGUCAGCCUUUCAGACUUAUCAAAAGUAUGAACAAAAAAGUGCUUUGAGAGUUUAUUGAACGUUAUGGUUCUGUAUAAUACCUUUAAUAGAUAAAUAAACAGUUAAAGGAAAAAAAUGUUGUGUUUCCACUCAACUUCAAACAUUUGUGCACAGAACAAAUCAGUGUCUGAAAUGUGCAUUUACAGACUUGCUUAAAAGCAGAAUGUGACUAUGCUGCCUUUGUUAUAAAGGUUUGCAUGCAUGGAAGUUUUGCACACUUCAUGUGUGUAGGUGGAGUAAAUUGUAGGAUGGCUUGAGGGUGAUGUGUUCCUCUGACCUAGGCACAGCCAACGUGGUGCCUUCCAGAUAUUGGACUACAACUCCCAUCAUCCCAUCCACGCUUUUGGCCAUGGUCUGAUGAGAAUUGAGUCCUACAACAUCUGGAGGGUACCACGUUGACCAUCCUUAUUCUGUCCCUCAAGACAGUAAAUUAUCAGCUUCAUUUGCAAACUUAUUUGCUAUAUUUUGCAUACAGCCAGACCAGCAGACAGAAGACCACCUGGGCAUGACAGAAUCCUGGUUCUCCUCUCUGUCCAGCCAGCCCUUGGAACUCUUCAGGAGCAUCAGUACCCAGCCCUUCCCUGAUCUCCACUGUGGUGCUUUAAAGGUCUUCACUGUAAGUGCUUUUUCACAACAGAGACCUGUCUGAUUGAUUGAUUGAUUGAAUGAAUGUAUCUAAUAGUCCUUUUGAGAGAGCUUGGAAACCACAGCACUAUCCAAGCCCAUUGUUUGAGUUGUCUAGUCCUUGCAGAUUUAAUGAAAUCCUGUAUGGGACACCAGACUUUGAGGAAUCUGGAGCUCUGCUCAGACUGUACCUUUCAACUGAUUUAACUGUGAGAUAAAAACAGAGCUGAAACUGAAUGAACUGGCAUUAAGUAAAUGGGCUGUGGGAGAAAGUCUUGUGUCUGCCGUAGGCAUGCAGGUUGCCUUCAGUGACAAGGGGGGGAAACUGGUGGCCAUCCAGAUGCUGUUGGACUCCCCCCCCCAUCAUCCCUGGCUAUUGGCUAUGCUGGCUGAGGCUUAAGGGAACUGGAGUCCAACAACAUGUGGAGGGCCACAGGUUUCCUAUCCCUGAGCUAAGAUCCACCCCAGGAUUUCACAUGAUUAAUGCUGGCUACGAUUAGGACAUCCAUCUCUAAUUCUUCUUGAUUUGUGUUCUGCCCAUGGUGAAGGUGAGUUGAAGUCACCCAAGCUCUAGAUCAGUGUUCCCCAUGAAGUGUGUUGGAUGUGUUUCAUGUUUUCUGAAGAAAAUCAAGAACAUUGCUAUGAUGUAUUAAGUUUGUUCUCCUCCAGGCUGAAUUGCUGUUGGUGGUUUUCUUUUGCUGCUGCUAUAUUUUACUUUUAAGUGGUUGUUUUAGUAGGAGCAUUCACUGCCCUGGAAAUCCAAUUUUUGGAACAGAAGGGCAGGAAUAAUGUCUUAAAUCUUUCUCUUUUGUUAAUGCUGUAGGCCAUUGCUAGUCAACCUUGGGCCCAGAGGAUGAUGCUCAGUAGUCCAGGCUUUGUGGAAUACAUCGUAGACAGAUCAGUGGAACCAGACAAAUCUUCAAAGGAGGCCAAAUACGAACUUGUGAAGGCUCUGGCCAAUUCAAAGACCAUCGCUGAAAUCUUUGGAAACCAGCAUUACAUGAGGCUCAGGGCAUACUUGCGCGAAGGGCCUUAUUAUGUCAAGGCUGUUUCGACCACAGCUGUGGAAGGAGCUGAAUAACAUUGGAACAGCUGCUCUCUGGUGAUAAUGGACUUCUGGAUAGGAUUUCACUUUGGAUGUGGAGGGGGGAAAAUAUCUGAGGAAGGAAUUGGUUUGGUCAUUUUUUUCCCUGCAUUUCUAACUCAGAAAUUUCACAUAGCUGGGAAAUAAUGUUGAGGACCACAUUAAGGACUAUGCCAGUCAAGUUUAUCCUUAUUUAAGAGUUGAUGCUUAGUCAGCAGCUGGCAUAGGGCCUACAAAUCAUGGGAUCCUUUUAUAAACAGUGGUUUUUCUGCCUUCUGUUAAUUUCUCAGUGAGAGAUGCAUUGUUAACAUAGUUGAACACCACAAGGUAGCCAGACUCCUAAAAGUGGUGAAAGCAGUUCAGCGGUGUGUGUGUUUUGCGUCUUUUGGCCUUGAUCUUAAAUGCUUUGCCUGUACUUCAUUGAUGCUUCCUCCAGCAUAUAAAUUGCCCCAAUUGUUGUUUACAGGAAAGGUGAGCAAACCCAUUAAAACAUUGGACCUGUGAAGGGCAGAGGGAGAGAUCUGGCUGCUACGGGUGUCAAAUGGGAAGGUUGCUGGGUUGUUCCAAUUCAGAUUGUAGUGAGGAAUGCUCCCUGACAUAAAAUAAAGGUUGAAUUUUGAGAAGGCUAGACUACGAUCUCCUGGCAUCCUGGCUCUUACAGGAAAUCAGGAGGAUUUUCUCCACUGUGUGCAGUGUGAACUGGUACAGCCCAGUAACAAAAAUCACAUAACUGGAGGUUAUUAUUAUUAUUGUUGUUAUUAUUAUUAUUACUUCUUUUCCAUCUUAAGCUUUUCUACCAAGUGCAGUAGUGUCUUAGACAGGGACACCACCAGAAGGCGUUGGCUUGUGUUCUUAGUUGUUAACAGCAGCUGCAGAGACACAAAAGUUAGUAUGACUAAACUUCAAAGGGUAACACUUUCUGCAGAGGGACCAAAGCUUUGAGGUGAAGAGUGAUCUGGGUUUAUUUUCACCACUACCUUCAGAGGUUGAGCAAUUUUUCUCCAUCCCAUGCUAUUUAGAAAAAUCAAUCCUUCAGGACUUCCUGGGAGGAGCUUAUCUAGGUCUGUCACAGCUCUCAGGAGCUUCCGGUAGAGCUCUGAAAGUCACUAUUAAGUGGUGUUCAACAGCAGAUUUAUUUGUUUACAGUCUUAUUUCUGCAGUCAGAUAACAGGGAAUUAAUCUCCAGAAACUCUGGAGUGGAAUGUCCACCAAUGAGGGAUAGAGAAAUCCUGUUGGGUGAGUGAUCUGGGAGUGGGAAAGAAUUUCAACACUGGCCCAAGGAGCACUUAAAAUGCUGAGAUUAUUCCAGUGAAAAGACCUUCCAUUCCCCCUUUCCUUCUGUUUUUUAACUACCUUUAGCUACAUCUAUAAAUUAAUUCAGAAAUUACUUACACAUCCAUUUAAGUGCUCAUGCGAAAUAUGACCUGAAGACUGAUUUAAGAGGAGUUAUUAGUGAAGGUGCUUGCUAGGAAAUAAGCAGAAAGUGUGUUUUGAACUAUAAAUCGAAAUAUACACAGACAAGAGAUUCUCUCUGAGAGGUUUUCUCUUGGGUUUGUUCUGUGGUUUCUUUGAGCCCCUGCUAUGAUUUAUGUCACUAGAAAGAAAAAUGACUUGUGUGGUUAUAUUAGUACUGUUUUGUGAAAGCUGUUUCACACUGCACAGCCAGGAUGGGGAAAACUUAAUAGGUUCAAUUGUUUGAAGUAUGUCUGCCCAAUUAUGCUUUGUGGCUCGUUUGAAAUAAAGAGAUUUCGUUGACUAUUUUCAGUCUGAACAUGAAAAUGCUGCUCUUAACAUGAAAAAGCGGACCAGGCAAGACUGGAAUACAUAUGAAAACACAGCUGCUCAACUAGUGAUUCAUCCUGAGAGAGGCGAAUUCUUUAAAAUUUAAGAGCAACCUUAUACAAAGAGUUAUAGUUUUAAUAUAAGAGAACUGAUUUGCUCAAUUGACCCAGAGGACAAUCUACUCUACGGAUGAUAAACUGAUGCCCUCCUAGAUGUUGUGUUAUAGCUCCCAUCAUCCCUGUCCAUUGACCAUGCUGGCUGGAACUAAUGGGAGUUAGCCUCCUCGACCUCAUCUAGAGGGCUGCACAAGAUCCCCAUUUCUAAUCUUGCUCUGCUUCUGAUAAGUCACUUGCCACAAUCUUGGAUCCCUAGAUAUCAUUGGAUUGCAGUUCGCAUUCCUCUUGCCCAUUGGGGGAUACUGGCCUAGGCUGAGGGAGUUGAAGUCCAGCAACAUCUGACGACCCAGGGUUGGGAAAGGCUGACUUACCAGAUGCCACUGAAUUUUGCAAGAAAGUGUAAAAGCAACAACAGCCUCCCCUGUUCUUGAUUGACUGUUACCCUAACUUACUUGAAAAGGCUAAUAAGUGUUGGAUUGGUCUAUCCUUUGAUCACUGAUAUUGGAACAUGGAAGGGAGGAGAGGUGAUGAGCUCCUGACUAUUCAGUGUUUGGGUGGGUAAAGUCAUCUAUACAUGUCCAAGGAAUACUGUGGGAGCUGGUUGCUGCCACGCCUGGCUGUCACAUUACCAUCCACACCAUGCACGGAUGCAUCAUUUAAAGAACUUGCAUCCACUCGUGGAGUGGACUAGUUCACAUGACCUUGUGACUCCUGCUCGUGUUCUGUGAGUGUUCAUCAUCUAUACUCUCCUGUUGUAUGCAUGUUUUAAAUGGGAAGUUAAGAAUAGAGAAAAACUUACACAAAGCACAAGUAGUCAGUGGAACUCCUUGCAACAGGAUGCUGGCCAUGGCUCCUAGCAUAAAUGGUUCAGCAGAGAAAAUCCAUGGUUAAAAUCAAACAUUGGAAUGUGAGUUUUUUGGGUCAGUUUAAUCAGCAAAAUGGAGAGCCUCGUUCUGUAAGGCAUCAACACUUAGGUGUUUAAAUCCAUCCAGGUAUGUCAUGACUUUGCAGGAUACCAACCCAUAAUAAGUUUCUAGUACAGUGCAGCCCUUGCCAUUGCUGAUCUCGUCCCAUUCUUGGAGCAGCUGGGUAUCUCUUGCUGUGGAGGAGGUGAAAAUGAACUUGUAGCAGCAGCGGUUGUAGCGAAUGUGCUUUUUCCCAGAAAAUCGAGAACUGUGAGCAGGCACCACACCAGCUGCUUUGCUGCAGAGUCCCACAAAGGCACCAGGAGGCAGUGAAAGAGGAACUUCUCCAGAGGUUACGUAGAUCUUCCGAGCCACAUCCUGUGAGAUGACAAACGCAGUCGCACUGCAGUAAUCGGGAUAAUAUUUUUCUGGGUAUUUUUGUUGAGAAACAAAGCCAUGACUUUGAGGGUCUCUGUUGGGUUUCUCUUGAUGAACCAGCCUCCCAAGGUAAAUGUCUUCGGGAUGGGUUCUUAAGUUGAGCAAGUACUCGACCAAACUUGGGAGGUUGAUGAACAUCUCCUCAUCUGCUUUGAGAAUGAACCGGGCCCUGGAGCAGAAUGUUACGGCCCACUCCACAGCCAUCAGUGUCUUCAAUGUCUGGUUCUCUACAGAGUCCAGGAAGGAGCCUUGAAUGAGGUCCUGAUGCUUCUCCAUCUCCUGGACUACCUCCAGCUGGGUGCCUUCUGAAGAGGGCUUCCCUAGCACAAACAAAACGAGAGUACCAUAUCCCCUGACAUGUGUCUGGUUGGCCCAUGUUUCUCUAAUGGUGUUGCGCCUUGACAAGUUUUCAGGGCUGCCAAAGACUAGGACAAGGAGGAAGAUCUCUUGGUUGGAGCAGGCCUCUGAUCUGCUAGCUACAUAAGCCUUGGAGAUAUUGGCCUUCAAGGGGGUCAUAUCCAGCUUCCGUGCUCUCUCCCUGGCUUCGAGGACCUUCAUGUCUGUGUAGGUGUUGGGGAGUGCUCGCAAGAAGUAUUCUUCCACGAGAUCAGCUCCGAAGAACAAAAUGUGGAAAAGAACAACAUUAAAAAGAAUGAAGCACCACUGAUGGGUCCUUAGCCGGCAGAAGAUUAGCUGCAGGGCAAAAAAGAGAAGAGGUUUAGUGUCUGCUUCCUCUUCAAGAGUGUGUUGUGCAGUGAUUCUUCCACAACCAUAAUAAUAAUAAUAAUAAUAAUAGAUUUAUUAUUUAUACCCCGCCCAUCUGGCUGGGUUCCCCCAGCCAUUCUGGGUGGCUUCCAACAAAAUAUUAAAAAUACAUUAAAACAUCAGUCAUUAAAAACUUCCCUAAACUUCGGAUGUUUUCUAGAAGUCUGGUAGUUGUUUAUCCCUUUGACAUCUGCUAGGAGGGCGUUCCACAGGGUGGGCGCCACUACCGAGAAGGCCCUCUUCCUGGUUCCCUGGAACUUGGCUUCUCACAGCAAGGGAACUGCCAGAAGGCCCUCGGAGCGGGACCUCAGUGUACAGGCAGAACGAUGGGGGUGGAGAUGCUCCUUCAAGCAUACUGGGCCGAGGCCGUUUAGGGCUUUAAAGGUCAGCACCAACACUUUGAAUUGUGGUCGGAAACAUACUCAUACUCAACCAACUCGCAUCCUGCAACCGUCAUCUGAGGCUCUUCUUCAUGUGCGCCCCCCCCCCCCCGUGAGAGGUCCGGAGAGUGAUAAAAUGAGAAUGGGCCUUUUCUAUGGUGGCUCCCAACUUCUGGAAUCCUCUCCCCUGGGAGGCUUAGCUGUUGUCUUCACUGCACAUCUUUAGGUACCAGGCUAAAAUGUUCCUCUUCUCCCAGGCCUUUGGCUAAUUAAAAAAUCUAUGGCUUCUUAAACAGUGUGUAUUUGUGGUUUUUAUUACUGUGUUAAGUAUUUUUAUAUAGUAAACCAUCCUGUGAUCCUUGGCUGAAGGGUGGUAUAGAAAGUUAAUUAAUAAUAAUAAUAAUAAUAAUAAAAACACCUCCUCUCAUAGUUGUAUAUGGACUACUUCCUUCUUCUGUGAUCCUAUAUGAGUGCCUAAGAUUACCAGACACGUUUUAUAUUUUGCAUCAUUCUUAUUUUCACAUGCAUACUAAAGCCAUGUGCUUUUACCCUCUUUUGGGAGGAGAGUGGUAGGUUUUAAAAACAGAUUUUUUUUUUUAAAAAAAACUAUUGGGUUUCUUUGUUGUAACAAUUUGCCAAUACAGUGGUGCCCCGCAAGAUGAAUGCCUCGCAAGAUGGAAAACCCGCUAGACGAAAGGGUUUUCCGUUUUUGAGUUGCUUCGCAGGACGAAUUUCCCUAUGGGCUUGCUCCGCAAGACGAAAAUGUCUUGCAAGUCUUGAGAUUUUUUUUCCGCUUUUCGCCCCCUUUAUCUAAUCUGCUAAGCCUUUAAUAGCCUUUAAUAGCCUUUUAGCAGCUAAUCCGCUAAGCCUUUAAGCCUUUAAUAGCCGCUAAACCGCUAAUAGCGCUAAUCCGUUAAGCCGCUAAUAGGGUUGCUUCGCAAGACGAAAAAACCGCUAGACGAAGACUCUCGCGGAACGGAUUAAUUUCGUCUUGCGAGGCACCACUGUACAGUUAUCCAAAUUUUAUAUUUUACAAUCCCCAUCCUCCCAUUGACUUCCCUCAUCUUCCCUUUCUGGUUUAUGACAUCACUUGUUAUCUUCUGCAUGUUAAAUAACUAUACAUGUUGUUGCGCUG